UCUGUCCCACCGAUGAAUUGGUAUUAUCAGAUGGUGUUCUUUGGGAUGUGAGAUCUGGCAAAGAAAUACAUAAAUUUGAUAAAUUAAAUCAAUCCUUAUCAGGUGUCUUCCAUCCAAAUGGUUUAGAGAUUAUUUCCAAUACAGAGGUAUGGGAUUUGCGCACAUUCCAUUUGCUGCAAACGGUACCGGUGUUGGAUCAGUGUCUCUUGAAAUUCUCUCCCCUCAACACUAUAUAUGGCAUACGUUUGGAAAUGGAAUACCGCAACGAUUUCGAUGAUACAACCAAUUACGAUACCAGCUUUAAGGUUCUAGAUGCCUACGAUUAUUCCUCGAUAUCGACCAUAGAUGUUAAACGCAGCCUAUUUGAUUUGAGUGUCAAUGGUAAUGGCAGUCUAAUAGCUUUGGUGGAGGAUCAACCCUCAUACGAGACGAAAUCCGAAACAUUUGUGAAGAUAUAUUGUGUGGGCAUGAAGAAAACCGAACAAGACGAAGAGGUGUGUGAUAUGAAUACUGAAAAUCUUGUUAACAACAGUAGUUCUAACCAAUUACCGAACUUGACUCGUUUAUAUGAGAAUUCGGGUGCAAGUGACGGUGGUAUGGGUAGGACAACUGGUAGAGAAGGGGCUAGUAUUAGCCUUUUCGGUACGACGGCUGCCAGUGGCAAUGGCGGCGUCGGUGGUCAUGCUGCGCCGCGCCCCAGGGCUGCUGGCGGCGUUAACGAUGUUGGCGUUGGAAACGGUAACGGUGGCGGCGGUGGUGGUGGUAAUGGUGCUGUGGGCAAUGGUGGCGCAAAUGCUAUAGAAGCUAGGAAUGCUAAUCAAUUCGCUAUAAGAUGGCAUGGCAAUAAUGUCGAAAUAGUGCCGCCACAUUUGGUGGGUCAAAGACAGCGUCAGUCACAGAUACAACCCCAGCCUCAGCCACGUAAUCAUCAUCAUCAUCAACAAAACCGCACCAUUAACAAUAGUAAUAACAACAAUAACAAUCGUGACGCUGACCUAAGAGCCGCCCUAGCGCCCGACCCUAUUGAGGGUGUUGGAGGCGGUGGCGGCGGCGUUGGUAAUGCAGGCAAUGGCGGCGCGGGCGCAGCACAGGCCGAUGUUAAUAAUGAUCUCUAUGAUGAUUUGUUUGAUUUGGAUGAUAUAGCAAUAAAUAUAUUGUCUCUGCUUGUAGGAAGAUGAAGAGGAGUGUGAGUCCGACGAGGACAAUUCAGACAGUGAUGCCUCAGG